GCACAAGUGUAUAGCUAAGGUACCCAUAUUUUAUUACUGGACGGACCUGCCUAUUUUUUUAUGGGCCGGGUUAAGGUUUUUAAUGGGAGCUCCAACCCAUUGAAGUAUUGAACUGCUCUGAUUGUGAAUAAGAAAAGAAAAAAAAACCGCAGUUCUCCAUUGAAGCGAACUCAACGUUCUCCAUUUCUGAUACUUAUAUCCCCCAUUGAAGCAGCCUCUGAGGUACAAAUGUUAAGCCGAUCACGAGGUUUUGGUGGCGGUAAGAAACGGGGUCGUAGCGGUUCCCAACCUAUACCAGCGCAAAAUUUACAGGACAUCCAACUAUUAGAUGAAGAUAAGACCCAGGAUGCUGGUGCUAUCGAAACCGUACAUAUGUUUAGCCGAUCACGAGGUUUUGGUGGCGGUCAGAAACGGGGUCGUAGCGGUUCCCAGCCUGUACCAGCGCAAAACACACCCCUAAUUGUAUCAUUAGAUGAAGAGGAGACCCAGGAUGCUGGUGCUACCGAAAUCGUAGUUUCUGAGACUCAGUUCGAGCAAGGAGAAUCCUCACCCAAUUCCAGGGAGUUGGACCCCGAUGGCUUUUGGUUUGAUGACAACCGUGUUAGUCGGUCCAUUACUGAAAUAUUUCAGGGAUGCUUACGAGAACCGUAUAGAAAUUACACAGAGGUUGAUGACGUCACAAAAGCACAUUGGUGGACCUUGUUUGAGCGUCAAUUCACAUGGAAACCUGAGUUAGACGCUGAGGUUAGGAGGGUUUACUCCAUUAAAGCUGCAAAACGCUUGAGGGAGCUGUUUUACUAUGUCACUCAGAAGUGCAAUGGUAAGAAGCCGAAAUGGCUAGCGGAACAUGUACAUGAAGGUUGGAUGAAAAUCCUUGAAGAUCCUACAUUCAAAGUAAAAUCAGAGCAAGCUAAAAAGAACCGGAGGGGCGGUUCCCUAUCUAAUCCAAUUGAACCGUCCCAUUUCCAAGGUUCUAUUUCAGCUAAGGAGCAUGCUAGGCGGCUGGCUGUCAAGAGUAAUGGCAUACUUCCUAAUGCGGGAGAGCUAUACCUCAAAACACAUUUUAAGGAAGUUCCUGGCAAAGGUAGUGUCCCAUGCAGUUCAAAAGCUAAGCGAAUCACGGAAGCCUACCUAAAGGCAGUGGCGGAAUGUAAGGAGAAGGGUGUUCAGAAGGAUCCGAAUCAAAUAUUUUUGGAUGCGGUCGGUGGUAAAAAGAGAGGGACGGUACCGGGAUUGGGAACUAGUGUGGACAUGUACUACGGUAACGGUAAGCGCUCCCGACUGGUUCGCGGCUCAUCCAACACUUACUGCCCAUCUGUUGCUCAAUUGUCCUCUCAGAUACAAAGGGAACGAGAAGAAAAUGAGAGGAGGUGCCAGGAACUGAGCACACAGCAUCAACAACAGUUGGAAGCUUACAAGGCACAGAUGGAGAGACAAUUGGAAGAGCGGCUGCAGAAGGAGCGUGAAGAGAAUGAGAGGAGUCAGCGGGAGUACCUAGAAGAGAUGAGGAAAAUGAUGAUGAAAGUCAUGUCGCAGUUAUGUGGUGUGUCCGAUUCUGCAAGUGUAAAGUGAUUUUAGUUUGUUGUUGAUACUACUUUAUGCUACGACAGUAAUGUUAUUACUGUUGCUGAUUCUACAUUUAUCGGCUAAUAGUGUAAAUGCAUGGAAUGAUGACUUGUAAUGUUACUGCCCAUCUGACUGGCUUUAAAACUUUGAUGGUGACAUGAUAUGGGUGCUUCAUUUUCCCAGCGAUA